GAUGCGAGCUGGGGCAGAAAUUAACAACCCCAUGAAUGGUAUCUACAUUUAUCAAGGCAUUCAUCAUAACUGCUUUGGUCUUCAAUGGUGGAUGAUUUAUAAGGACAACCGGUACCGAGUAGUGAACCUGGUCAAGACAGAACUGGUGCAGCAUGAUGCUGUCCUCAAGUUCCAUAAUCCAGCACCAAACCCAUUGUUAGUCAACCUGCACGGAAUGAUGGGGCUAAUUCGAUUUGAGUUAGCAAAAGCUCAACUUUGGAAAGCGGCAGGGGAACGCACAGAUUUGUUUUUCCCUGAUGAUCCACUGCUUUCAAUGUCUCCAAGCGCUGACACGCUUGAAGACAUUGAGAGUCCACAGGGAAAACAAACUGAUAUCUCUUUUUGUGACGAACCCCCAUUGACAAUAUAGAAAGCCGGCAUUAACAGGGAACUUACCCACACUCUGAUUGACUAGCCCACUCCCCAUACCCAAAGAUCUUGACACACUCAUACAAACUCUCCACAGAGAAA